AUGGAUUCGGACCAAGGCACUCGUACGCCUACUCGGUCGCGGGCUCCUUCUCGUUCCAGAGCGCCUACGCCUUCCCCAGCCGCACAACACGUGCCUCGGGUUGGUAGCCCAACGAGCUCGACCCAUGAGCUUACUGUCCACCGCGAGUCUGGUGGUAGUGGUGAUGUUGUCGCGACCGUCUUGCCGAGUGAAGACCAUACACCGUUAGAGGACGAGAGAGUGGCCCCCGUUCAGCUUACUGAAGAUGUCACACUCGCACUUCGCACACAGCUACGAAAGACACUCAACCGGAUGGGAUCAGUACCGCCUACACCUACCGCAUCAGCAGACGCAACAAAAAGUCCCUUUUCGGAAGGCGCUGAGUUGGGAGAGGAUAAAAUAUCGCCGGGAGAUAUUCCACUGUCGCCUGAUGCAGUCGUGCAGACACUCGAAGUAGCUGAGCCGCAGGCCGAUCAGUACCCUCCGAGGGAAUACUUCAUUCUCACCCAUGCUGGAAAGCCGGUGUUUGCCAGUCGACUAUCGCCCUCACCACCACAUCCUAAACCUACACACUCCAGGUCGGGCUCGUCCUCCCUAUCAGGGACAUCAAACCCACCCUCGAUUCACGCGUCCAUUCAGUCCGCCAAUUCGUCCUCCUCGAUUCCAACCGUCGGAUCUCCAGCGACACUUCCUCACCUUCCAGGCAGUGGAACGGCAACACCCAUCCCGGGUCCCAUUUUCCUCCCGCCAUCUUCAGCGCCUGAAGUAGCUCCCGUACAACCGGCUCCUGUGGAAUCGCGCGAGGAGGAUGUGAGCAGUGCAAUGGGGCUUUUGCAAGCGCUGAUUAGCGUAUUUGCGGAUGAUGGUGAUAGGAUUCGAUGCAUCAAUGCGGGACGUACUCGGAUUACGUUUGUACUCCGUGCACCGUUGUAUUAUGCAUGUGUAUCGAGUUGGGGCGAGCCGGAGAGUGUGGCCAGGUUACAUUUGGACUAUCUCCAUUUACAGAUUUUGACUGCUUUAACUGGAACGCAACUUCAGAGGAUAUUUGAACGGAGAGGAAAUUUCGAUCUAAGAAGAUUAUUGAUGGUGCGCCGGACCGACCCGCUUAUACACGCAUUGACCACUCGGCUGGGUACCGAUAUGUCUAUUACACUCGCAUCGUUGCAUACCAUGAGGAUCGAUCCUGUAAUAAGGCUUCGGGUCGCAGAACUUGUUCUUCCAAGCAAAGACACCAAGGACGUGCUGUAUGUCAUUCUGUUUUCGGGAGAUAAGGUUAUUACCCUUGUCCGGCCCAGAAAGCACUCUAUUCAUCCCUCUGACCUCCAUCUUUUGCUAAACACGCUAUCCGCACCCGCAUUGCGCUCAUCUGCUUCGGCGUCCUGGCUCCCCAUCUGCUUGCCCAAGUUUAACCCCCAAGGAUUUCUGUAUUGUUAUGUGAGCUUCCUGGACGUAGGUCAAGAUACGCAAGACGUAGCCGAUGAGGCUCCGAUUGGACUUGCGUUCGUUACCCCCGAUCGUGAUGGGUUUGAAAAGAUUAGAAAUUUAGCUAGCGGGGCUGAAACGGCAUUAUCCAAGGCCAAUGCUCCUAGCCUGCUUCUACAAGCCGCUCGUGCGUCGCCAUACCCCGUUUCCGAGUUGGGAAUCAAUGGCCUGUUGCACUUUUUGUACAAGAGUCGAACACUGGUCCAGGUCACCCAUCCUAUCUGGGACGAGUCGAUCAAUCAGCCUCGACUUAUAACGUUGUAUCAAACCAUUCACGAUGCCUUGCACGCCAAAUCUGGUCAAGUUGAAGGGCCUGCCAAGUUACAGCUUAUUCGAACGGAUACUGAAUGCGUGAUGGGAUGGAUCACUCAACCGUUCGAGUUGUACCUAGCAGUCGAACCCACUAUGCCCAAGAACGCCAUCGUGGGCGCGGCUAAUGCGAUUGCUCGCUUUCAAGUCCAGGCAUAUAGUGCAUUUCUCACAGUAAUUGGGAAAGAUUUAUCCAACAACCAGUCUAUUUCUCACGACCAACUACUGGGCGGAGUCGCAUAUUACUUGACUACAUUGCCUCACCCAUACGUUCGCUCGUUUGUGACCCUUUCCCUCAACUCGAAUGCACUAUGGGGCCCCAUACCUCGCUCAACGUCCUUUGAGAAAGCUCAGCGUUCGGCAAUUGGUAUACGGCAGGCCGUUCACCAGGCCGUAGUUACCAAAUUCAAAACACUACAAGACGACCCAAGCUUAACUUCUAUUCUCCCCCCACUUGGCCGAAAACGAGUAUCACUUGCACUAUCUGAAUGGCUGGACCUGGCUAUCUCUGGAUCUCAUCGACGAACCGAAUCCAAGGAUUUCGCAUUGCCCCGUCUGGCAUUCUUGAGCGGCCUAGUGCUCGGUUUGAAAGAUCUCGAGAAGCAGGACGCAACGUUGUCUCGACAUAUCAUCUCACGCUCUCAUGCGGAGCUAGUCGUCAGCGUCGCCGAAUGCCUAGACCUCUACGCUCCUUCCGAGUCCGAUCCUAUGCCCACGUGGGAUUCUGACCUUGCUCUGCGGAUACGUGGGGCCGAAGCGCAUUUGGACAUCGUCGUGGACUGUGUGCGGCCGUCUUGCCUCUGGUAUAAUGAUCAACUAACCGCGCUGGACCUUUCUAAUGUGUUGAACUUGUUUCAGAACGGGUUUUGUUUUAGGUUGUUGGAGCCGGAACUGGUCAAGCUGAACUCGGAACACUUGGAAUUCAAGCCUCGUCAUGGUUUCGGCCAGGCCAGCUUGAAUCUAGAAGCAUCUUGGUCCAGGUGCUUGCUUGGCCAAGUAAAAGAGGAUGUUGAAAUUGCGCCCGAAACACAGCGUGUGACUGCGCUUGUUUGGCAUAUGCUCAAGACCAUACUGUUUACGACGGUUCUCAUCUCCCAGUCGGUACUCGAUACGAUCAUAUAUUACUCGGAUGUGGUUUCUCGAGAGGGGAAAUUACUUGCCAGAGGAAUUUUAAUGGCUCUUUGCAGGCUAUCUUUUGUGUCUACAAAAUUCGGUGCAUUAACUGCUGAAGGUGGGGGAUUCUCGGAGAUGAAGCGGGCGUUUUUUGGGGCUUUGGAUGUGUUGGCCUUCAACUACGAUGAUAAAGACACUACGGGAGAUCGGUCCUGCGUCGAACUGGUAGCCAAUCUCUCCAUCGAGUUAUCUAGUAUGGAGUCUUCCCUCGCAGUAGACCAUCCCAUCGUACAAGGUCGUAUCGUGUACUUCUUGGUUUGUACCGAGCAUGUUAUAAGUCAGCUGCCGGAGCAAACGAUUGUGGAUAUUAUUCUACCAAUGGUUCAAAGACAUUUAUCUGAUGCGCAUAACCGCGAGGUUUAUGAGGCUGCUCAUUCCGUUAUGUUGGCUAUAUUCGCUGCGCACGAAAGUCAGAACCCUUCAGGACCCGAUCACUUCAAGCUGCGACGUACACACCCUGCCAUUGAUGAGCAGAACUCAGAAGAAGAUCGAUUAUCAACGGAUCAACUUCGUUUAGCUUUUCAAGCUCUCGUGCGCAGUGCCAGUUUCCAUGAGCCAGAACUGGGUUGGUUUUGUAUUGAACAAAUCGUGGGUGCGAUAAAGCAGCUUACUGGUAAAGGGCCUGAAAAGCAAGACCAGAUAUUGCGACUCCAACUGGCUCUUGUAUCUGCAGUGCCAUCUAUUUCACCUUCAAAGCUCUUGCCCAUACUUGAUAUCGUGUACGACCAAAUACGCUCAAGCAGCGCAUCACGAAGCACUCUUUCUGAAGCAGCAUAUCAUGAAAUUGUGGAACGGUUGGGCGAUCGAGAAAAAGAUAUCGCAUUGAGAUGGUGGAUGGGUGUCAAAUCGGCUAUCGAGGCAUGCUGA